GUUUGACGUCAGGUUUAACCAAUCAGCGCCUUAUCUAGGCGGGGUUUCUUCCUCCGAUGAAUUAGAAAAAAAUUAACGCCUGGUAACAUUUAACAUUUUCGUUGUUGUUUCCGAAAAGUUUAUUCUUUUAACUGUCACCAUGGAGGAGACCACCCGCCUGGUGUCAACAGGAGACUGUGUGAAGAUCUGGGAUGCAGUCUCCAUGGCUCCGCUGGAACAGUUCAACCCACACAGCAUCAGUCACCCUGUGGCUCAGGCGUGCUGGAGCUCCAACAAUCAUUACCUGGUCAGUGCCAGCAGCAGCGGAGACAAACUGGUGGUCUCCAGUCUCAAGUCCAGCCCAGUUCCUCUGGUGGAACUGGCUGAUGGGAAAAAACAGACCCGUGUGUGUCUGAGCUCCUCCUCCCAGUUUCUGGUGAGCGGGGGUCUGGAUCACUGUGUUCACCUGUGGGACCUGAAGACCAAGAGACUGCACCGAACUCUCAAGGACCAUAAAGAAGAAGUCACCUGUGUGUCCUUCAACUCCAACGACAGCUACAUCGCCUCAGGCUCCACCAGUGGAGACCUGGUCCUUCACAGUCUGACCACCAACCUGUCCAGUAAAGCUUUUGGCCACGGCAGCAACCAGCCAAUCCACGACCUCAGGCUGUCCACACUGAAGCGCUCCUUAAUGGGCAGUGUGUCCGACAGUGGUACCGUCGUCCUCUGGGACGCCAACUCCCAGAAGGAGCUCCAUGUGUUUGAUGGAGCCCACAAAGCCCCCGGCUCCGGCCUGGCUUUCUCUCCUGCCAGCGAACUUCUGGUUGUCAGUGUGGGACUGGACAAGAAGAUUGUCUGCUACGACACGGCCAGCAAGAUCGUCCUGCGGCCAAUCAGAGUGGACACUCCUCUGACCUCCGUGGACUUCACUCUGGACGGCACAGGUCUGGUGGUCGGAUCUACGCAGGGAAAGAUCUACCAGUACGACCUGAGGAACUCCAGCGCCCCCACCAAGAUCACCGUGGCACACAAAACCUCGGUCACCUGCCUUCGCUUCCAGAGCAGCAGCAGCAGACACAAGUCCACCAGUAAAAUGGGCUCCACCAAAAUCUCCAGCACCAAACGACUUUUGACCCGUGUGUCCAGCGGUCAGUCAGACCCCACCCCCAGCACAGGCUCCACCCCCCACAAACCAUCCACAGGUGUCACUGGUGCAGAGGUCAUGGCCAGGGUAGCUGAAGGUCAGCAGGGGUCAGAGCCCCCUGUGGCCAUGGAGGAGAAGAACAAGGUGGGACGCAACAGCCUGGACGUCUUCUCUCCUGCACGAGACGACUCCAGAACGCAGGGGCCAAGUGGAGACACGCCAUUUGGACGGACACAAGUUUCCAGUCUGGAGCUGUUGUCCAGAGAGGGGGAGGGUCAGCAGCAGGUGGUGGGCAGGGCCAGUCUGGACAUCUUCUCACCGGUCAGAGAUGACUCUCACUCUGCUGAUGGCUGUCAUCGUAAAACUCCUCUGGGAACGCCGCUGCUCACCCCUGCAGGACGGUGCUACAGCCCACUGUCACUCUUCACGACCCCACCACCAAUCAGAGAAGAAGAGCCAAUUACUGCUGCCGCUGCUGGGUCAUGUGACUCUGGAAAGUCAGACAAACCUAGCUGUUCCAGUCUGGAGGGCAAUGGUCAUGGCACGCCACCAUCAUCCCAGCAGACCAAUCACAUCCAACCAGCGCCACCAUUCUUCACUCCAGAGCCAAGUCUACGCAGAGCCAAUGGUUUCCAGGCUCCACUGAGCUGUGAGUCACCACAACAUGGAGCUGCGCCCACCACAGCAGCGGGUCAGGCAGCUCCUGUUCUGCCCCCGUCCGUCUCCUCCACUCUGACCCAGAACAUUGCUGAGGUGGUGGGUCAGGGAGGUGCGGCUCCUCUCACUUCACUUCAGAUCCACUUCAUCCAGAACAUGAUCCAUGAAACCCUGGAGGACCUCAGAGACACCUGGCACAGAGACAUCGUCAACCUCCAGGUGGAGAUGAUUCGACAGUUCUACAUCCAGCUGAACGAGGUCCACUGUCUGAUCGAGAAGUACUCUGUGAACGAGUCUCUGGUGGAGGAAGUUCACAGGCUCCGGGAGGAGAACCGCAAACUGAGGACCAACUACUGACCGCUACUCCUGACCUCGGCCCCGUCAACCGCCGAGGACAGAGAAGACGACCGUGAAGAGGAGUCACCAGCCAACUGCUGCUGCCAACGAACGACCACCGUCUGUCACUGAAGAAAAGAGCAGCGGCGCCUUGUGGAGCUGAUCACUAAUCAGUGCCGUGUGUGUGCGUGUAUGUGUGUGUGUUUUGUAGAUACCUGGAAAAAAGAAAGAAAAAAUAUUGAAAACUUGAACAUUAUGAACAUGUAAUUUAACUUUUCUGAAACAGAUUUUAUUGGUUUUUACCAGAAUAAAGAACAAGUUUACAUUGAAA